GGCACAUGCUGAUAAAAAAACGUUUCAUGGGGGAGCGCUCUGGCGACAGGCAAGGCGACACCCAGGUGAGGUCCAUGGCAGCAGCGACUUUCACGGCGGCCGCGGGAGAGCGCCGCAAAGAGCGAUGUAAGUUGGGGGGCCACCUCGACGAGGUCUGGUGUAUCUCUAAGCGGAGAGAGAGGGAGAUACUCAAGCGGUCGCAAGACCAGGAGGGGUGUAUGCAGCGCUUUCGGGAGAGGGCAAUGGUGAUGGUCCGAUCUGAUCUGGACUUGAAGCUAUUGAAGAGGGAGGGGGAGUUGAAGAAUGGACCGAUGAGAAGGCUGGUGAUUGCGUCCUCGACGGGUUCCUUGGCCCCGAUGGAUCUGGAAAACAUGGCUGGACAGAGCACUUCCACGGGUCAAGCUGAACAGCCGGGGCUCGGCGAGGCUAGCCCCAGCAAGGAAGGAGAGCAGAUGGCGUCGGCCUCCUCUCUUGUUGAGAAGGGGAAGGCGAUGGUGGGGGGGCGAAUGGUCUGCUUCUGACUACUACUUUGAACGCCUUCAUCGGGUUCACCGGCAAGGCAGUGCCUCCCACGCUGCGAAGGAGUAGCAAGAUGAGGGUGUUCUCGUCGCCCUCGCCAAUGAUCAACGACGGGCCAAUCGUCAUCGACAUGGAGGCGGCUUUGCGAGCGGUGGCGGGCAAGCUGGCAGUGGCCCGGGUACUCUCGCCUUACUCGAUCUACCCCCAGAACAUCGUCAACGAGAUGCAUGGACCAUAGCGGCUGCAUGGAGAGGUGGUGGCUCAACAAGUCACGAGCGAAGACGGGCGCUUCGUCAUCACCUUCUCGGAGGAUGGUGACCGCCUUCAUGUGGUGCAAGCUGGGCCUUGGCACUAUAGGAAUGAUGCGGUCCUGAUCGCGGAGUUUGACGGCAACGGUAAUGAUACAUCUCCAACGUAUCUACUUUUCGAAACACUUUUGCCCUUGUUUUGGAAUCUAACUUGCAUGAUUUGAAUGGAACUAACCCGGACUGACGCUGUUUUCAGCAGAAUUGCCAUGGUAUUA